AUGGAAAAGCAACCUAACACAAAAAACGCUGAAGCGUCAUCAGCGACGGGACUUCCCACCCCAUCACCCUCCCCCUCCCUCUCUAAGAAAGAGGCCGCCAGCUCAAAACCGCCCCAGCCGGUAGAAGCUCCCACUGAUCCCUUCAAGCGGAUUAGCCGCAUCCCAAGAUCACCUCCAAAAGCCUCCCCUCCCCGCGCAAGGAGCAGUUCGGCCCCGUUCAUACAAGAACUGGCCGACACCUCCGACCACGCAGUAGACACACAUCCAGACCCCUCCAGCCGAAAACGGAAGGAGAAGCCGUCACCCUCAACUCCUGAAAGAGAAGAACCGCCGAGAACCCAACGCGCACGAACGCUAAGGCAACCGGCAGAACCUGCCCCGCCGGACAGUAACGACCCGCUGUCUCCAGACGACUUCAAUGGCCUCCUUAAGGCAGCGGAAGCUGUCGAAUUCCAUGUCAGCCGACACG